CAUUUCCAUUUCCAUUAGCGCGGCGAUCGCUCCAAAGAUCGGUCGACGGUCAGCGCGAAAUUACAGCAGUCUGCUGCUCUUCUUUUUGUUUUUUGUUGUUUGUGGCGGCGAGUGUGAUUCUCGGCUUCGUUGUUGUGUUUUGUUUUGUUUUUUUGUUUUUUUGUGCGCUGUGUGUUGUCUCUGGUCUUGUUGUUGUUGCUGGCUUUUUUCGGGAAGCGGCAAUAUAAAAAUUGAAGCGCAUACAAGCGCAGCAUUUAGUCGGGCUCCACCGUCCAGCCAGAGCCACCAAGUCACUCCCCCGCAGCAGCCGGCACAGAGACCAAGAGAAGCAGCAUCCACCUUCCAGCUUCCAGACCAGAAGGUAUACCUACAGCUGAUAAGAGCACACGAUGACGACAAUGACAGCCCACCGCCUUCUGGGGCUGCUGGUGAUAACCGUGUUAGCCGCAGCAGCCGCUGGGAAUGAGGUCACCUCCAACGUGACCCUUGACGUCAACGACAUCCCCCAGCGGUACGACGAGGCGCAGCUCUGGAGGAUCUACAACAUCUCGGAGGGGAUGCAACAGAAGGUGCCCGUGGGCGAGGUGCUGGAGAACAAGUUCGGGGGAAACAUCUGGAAGGAGAACUCCAAGUUCCUGGACAUCUCCAUCUCCAAGGACCACCUGAAGGGUGCCCGCAGCUUCCUCUCGGCCCACCGCCUGGAUGCCGAGGUGCUCUCGGACAACAUCCAGUCCAUGAUCGACGAGGAGAUGAUGGAGGGGAUCAGUGGGUCGACCGCCGCAGACGGCAUGAGGACGAAAAAGGCCACGAGGAGCAAUAUGCACUGGAAGGACUACCACGACCUGGAGACCAUCUACGGCUUCAUGCGGGAGAUCCGCAGCAAGUUCCCCAACAUUGUGCGGCUCUACACGAUUGGACAGACGGCUGAGGGUCGGGACCUGAAGGUUCUAAGAAUCUCGGAGAACCCCCGCGAGAACAAGAAGGUGUGGAUCGACGGCGGCAUCCACGCCCGCGAGUGGAUCAGCCCGGCCACGGUCACCUUCAUCCUUUACCAGCUGAUGGCCAACUGGGAGAACCAGCCGGCCCACAUCCGCGGCCUCACCUGGUACAUCAUGCCGGUGAUGAACCCCGACGGCUACGAGUACAGCCGCACCACCAACCGCCUGUGGCGAAAGAACCGCUCCGCCUCCCGCCGCGCCCAGUGCAACGGCGUGGACCUCAACCGCAACUUCGACAUCGGCUGGAACGGCUACGGCUCCUCGACCAACCCCUGCAGCGACACCUACCGCGGCUCCUCGCCCGCCUCCGAGAAGGAGACCAAGGCGGUGGCCGAGUUCCUGGCCAAGCGCAAGUACAAUUUGGAGGCGUACCUGACGUACCACAGCUACGGCCAGAUGAUCGUCUACCCGUGGGCCUACAAGGCCGUCAAGGUGAAGGACUCCGCCGUCCUGCAGCGGGUGGCCAGCUUGGCCGUGGACCGGAUCGCCCAGAAGACGGGAAGCACCUACCGGGCGGCCGUCACCCACGAGGUCCUGGGCAUCGCCGGGGGCGGCUCCGACGACUGGAGCCGUGCCGCUCUGGGCGUUAAGUACGUCUACACCGUGGAGCUGAGGGAUCGGGGAGCCUACGGCUUCGUCCUGCCGCCGCGCUACAUCAAGGACACGGCCCUGGAGGGCUGGACCGUGGCGGAGACGGUGGCCCAGGCCAUCAAGACCAGCUCCGACAAACCCUAAUCCCAUGUCCCAUCGUACUACUAUCCCAACUAUUUUUUUUCGAGCCCACCAGGAGUGAAUGUGCCGACAGAGCGAGUGAGUCUGAGAAGAGUCCUGUGCGACUGCUUAUUUAUGUUCGCGUGCGUGUGCCUGGAGCAGUCGGGUGUGAAUGGUCAGGUGGGCCGGCGGCGGCCCCAGCGGCCGCCUAUUAACCGUGUCCCGCGGGGCACACAAUAAACAAAUCCUACGCUAUUUAUUACCACA